AGUCUGCAGCAGAGCCAGAGGGGAAAGAACUGUCUAAGGAAAAUGAGUCAGUACAAAGAGAGAUUCGUGGCUCUGCUCCACGAGAAGAACUUUGUGACAGAUCAGCUGGCUGCUCUGGAACAAAAAACUGGAGUCAAGAGGGAAUAUAUCAGCUCGGGAGUCCUGAGCUUGGUUGGACUGUACCUUCUCUUUGGAUACGGCGCGUCGCUGCUGUGUAACCUCAUUGGGUUUGUGUAUCCGGCUUAUUUCUCGAUCAAGGCCAUCGAGAGCAACGUAAAGGAGGACGACACGCAGUGGCUCACGUACUGGGUGGUGUACGGCCUCUUCAGCAUCGCAGAGGCUUUCUCCGACAUCUUCCUCUCCUGGUUCCCCUUUUACUACGCCGGAAAGUGCCUGUUCCUCGUCUGGUGCAUGGCUCCCGUGAGCUGGAACGGCUCAGAGAUCCUCUACAGACGAGCCAUUCGCCCGUUUUUCCUGAAGCACCAGGCCGCCAUGGACCGAGUCGUCAAUGACCUCACCAACAAGGCCAAGAACCUGUCGGACACAGUGGCAAAGGAAGCUGUUAACAAAGCUCUAAACCACGACAAAGACCAGUGAAGAAGAGGAGGAGGAGGAAGAGGAGGAGGAGGAGGAGAGCAAGAUGAAGUUUGUUUGGUUUUGUCUUUUCUUUUUCUGUGGAGAUGGUGAAUCUUCACAUUUCUGAAAAUUAAAAAAACACCUGCUCAGUGACAAUUUUACCUUUUUGUUGUAGCAAAGACAAAUGUGACCGUUUUGUAAAUGAAUAACUAAAGACUUUGGAAACACUGGAGGUUCUUGAUGCUGUGAGUUUUCAGCUGAGCCAAUAAUGAUCCAGACGACACUUGAAAAAACAGAGUUGCCUUAAAACACAUUUUUAUCUUUGUUUAACAUUUUAACACGGCUGGAAAUCGUCUUAUUUCCAUUUGUGCCAAGUCGCACUGAAGGUCUGAGGUUUGUGAAGGUUUCAUCUUUAACUGGAAAGUCUCUGUCUUUUGUAUGUCUUAAUUUAUCGACUUAUUGUGCUAAUAAAAGUGUAAUUUGAAUA